GGAAACAAAAAAAGAGCCGUGCCUCUGCCUUCUCCUAGUGUGCGUUUAGGAGAAGAGUCAAUAAGGAAGCACACAAACUCCCGUUGCCAGUACUCUGGCUCCUAUUCUGGGAAAGUAAGGACUAAGAAGUUUUGUUUUCACUAAGCUGGAGUUGUUCAUCACGAGUUCUUCUUGCGCGACGCAUCCACGUGAUUCACGGCCGAAGCAACGAGAGGGUGUAAAUAAAUUUAUCUUGGCUUCUUUAUAUUCAGGUAUACAAGGAUCGAAUUCAGUGGUCUUUUGCAGAUUCUCAAGACUUUCCAUCUAAUAGUAGUCUGGUUCCCCCACAGGUAUACUACUACCCAUAAGACGAUAAGGAGAGAAGCCAUGUUGGUUCAGCUUCCGCGCUUGACUCACUCACUCAGAGAACCUUUUGACAUAGAUCAAGCUUAUCUUCAACGCAAGUCUAUCAUACAAAAUCGUGAGAAACCUCGCAAUUCUGCAAACACGCUGGAUGAGUCCGAGCUUGCAAGGAAGAUUGUUUACAAGUGGGAAGAAGCUUCCUUAGAGGUGCGACAAGCAUACAAACAGUUUAUUUCUGCUGUAUUGGAGUUGAUUGAUGGAGAAGUGCCCUCAGAAGAGUUUCGUGAAGUGGCACUGAUGGUUUAUCAUCUCUUUGGUUUGCCAGAAGCAGAGAAAAUUGUGGAUGGUGAUAGGAGGUUAAAAUUGCAAAAACUUAUUGGUCAUGCGGUCUCAGAUGCUCACCUGCAAAAGGUUACGUCUCUAUCUCAGAUGCUUUAUGGUUUACAGCCUGGUAACUGUGAGGAUGGACUUCUUUCCGAGCACCGUGAAAAGGAGUGUUGGGAUGUUUCUGAAUUUGGUGCUGAACUUCAUUUCCAAACACCUACUCGGUUUUUGGUGGAAGUUUCUUUUGAUGAUGGAGACUUGCUGGGAAGUGAAAACAUUCAAACUUCUUCUCCGUUCCAUGAAGGUUUUUAUGAUCCCAGUGAACAUAGGUAUAACUAUGCCGCUGUUAUUGAGGGAACCUACAACUUGAGUUGGCUAAGAGAUGCAUGCAGUCGUAUAGUUAGUGAAAGCAAUUCUCAGCUUUCCCGGGAUGAGCUGGCAAUGACUAUAUGCCGAGUUCUUGAUUCAGAUAAACCUGGCGAGGAGAUAGCUGGUGAUUUAUUGGAUCUUGUUGGGGAUGGUGCAUUUGAAACUGUUCAAGACCUAUUAUCACACAGGAAGGAACUUGUUGAUGCCAUCCAUCAUGGAUUUCAUGUACUGAAGUCUAACAAAAUGGCUUCCAAUGCUCCAACACGUAUGCCGAGUUAUGGCACUCAGGUUACUGUUCAAACGGAGUCUGAACGACAAAUAGAUAAACUCCGACGCAAGGAAGAAAAGCGAUACAAGCGUGGAAUAGAAUAUGGGGCUGAGAGCGACAUCUCUGCUACAAGUUUUUCUUCUUUACUUGAAGCCAGUGAGAGGAAAAAUCCAUUUGAUGAUUUGAUUGGUUCUGGUUCUGGUUCUGGUUCAGGGUCCCCAUCUCUGGCAGUUACUGCACUUCCUCAAGGAACUGUAAGGAAGCAUUAUAAGGGGUAUGAGGAGGUCAUUAUUCCCCCAACACCGACUGCUCCAAUGAAACCCGGGGAAAAGCUGAUUGAGAUAAAGGAGUUGGAUGAAUUCGCUCAAGUUGCUUUCCACGGCUACAAAUCCCUUAACCGUAUUCAGAGCCGGAUAUUCCGAACUGUUUACUACACUAAUGAGAAUAUAUUAGUUUGUGCUCCUACAGGUGCUGGCAAAACUAAUAUAGCUAUGAUUUCUAUUCUACAUGAGAUUGGACAACAUUUCAAGAAUGGAUAUUUGCACAAAGAUGAAUUUAAGAUAGUUUAUGUUGCUCCUAUGAAGGCAUUAGCUGCAGAGGUCACAUCAACUUUUAGCCUUCGUUUAUCUCCGUUAAACAUGACUGUGAGGGAACUUACUGGAGACAUGCAACUUUCUAAGAAUGAACUACAAGAAACUCAGAUGAUAGUGACAACACCUGAGAAAUGGGAUGUCAUUACUCGGAAGAGUAGUGAUAUGUCACUCUCAAUGCUUGUAAAACUAUUAAUUAUUGAUGAAGUGCAUCUGUUGAACGAUGAUAGAGGCCCUGUCAUAGAGGCAUUAGUCGCUCGAACCCUACGCCAGGUGGAGUCAACUCAGACAAUGAUACGCAUUGUGGGCCUUUCUGCUACUUUACCCAACUAUCUGGAGGUUGCACAAUUUCUGAGAGUGAAUCCAGAUGCAGGUCUAUUCUUCUUUGAUUCUAGUUAUCGCCCUGUACCACUUGCACAACAGUAUAUUGGGAUUAGUGCGCAGAACUUUAUUGCUCGAAAUGAAUUGUUGAAUGAGAUAUGCUACAAGAAGGUUGUUGAUUCUUUAAGGCAAGGACAUCAGGUUAUGGUAUUUGUACAUUCACGAAAGGAUACAGCAAAAACCGCUGAGAAACUGAUUGAUCUUGCCCGGAACAAUGAGACUCUGGAGAUUUUCAAAAAUGAAACUCAUCCACAAUUUUCUCUGAUCAAGAAGGAGGUCCAGAAAUCCCGAAAUAAAGAUUUAGUUCAACUUUUUGAUAAUGGGGUCGGGGUUCACCAUGCUGGGAUGCUACGUGCUGAUAGAGGUUUGACUGAACGACUUUUCUCUGAUGGGCUCUUGAAGGUUCUUGUUUGUACAGCAACGUUGGCAUGGGGUGUAAAUCUGCCUGCCCACACCGUUGUGAUUAAGGGGACCCAAAUAUAUGAUCCAAAGGCUGGUGGAUGGCGCGACUUGGGCAUGCUUGAUGUUAUGCAGAUUUUCGGAAGGGCUGGGAGACCACAAUUUGACAAAAGUGGUGAGGGAAUAAUCAUCACGUCUCAUGACAAGUUAGCUUACUAUCUUCGGUUGUUGACAAAUCAACUCCCCAUAGAAAGUCAGUUUAUUAGCUCCUUGAAAGACAAUUUAAAUGCCGAGGUGGCAUUAGGUACUGUGACAAAUGUCAAGGAAGCUUGUGCCUGGCUUGGGUAUACCUAUCUAUUUAUCAGGAUGAGGUUGAAUCCUUUGGCAUAUGGAAUUGGAUGGGAUGAGGUUAUUGCAGAUCCUUCUUUGAGUUUAAAGCAAAGAUCUCUGAUAACAGAUGCUGCACGUGCACUUGAUAAAGCUAAAAUGAUGCGGUUUGAUGAGAAAAGUGGCAAUUUUUACUGCACAGAGCUUGGUCGGAUUGCUAGCCACUUCUAUAUCCAAUAUUCUAGUGUUGAAACCUACAAUGACAUGUUGAAACGCCAUAUGAGCGAUAGCGAGGUCAUUGACAUGGUUGCCCAUUCUUCUGAGUUUGAAAAUAUUGUUGUUCGAGAAGAGGAACAAACUGAGCUGGAGAUGAUGAUGCGUACAUCGUGUCCAUUAGAAAUCAAGGGCGGUCCAUCAAAUAAACAUGGAAAAAUAUCGAUUCUCAUUCAGUUGUAUAUAUCUCGGGGUUUCAUUGACACAUUCUCAUUGGUUUCUGAUGCCGCAUAUAUAAGUGCAAGCUUGGCUCGUAUCAUGCGGGCAUUAUUUGAAAUUUGCUUAAGAAAGGGAUGGUCCGAGAUGUCUUUAUUCAUGUUGGAAUACUGCAAGGCCGUGGAUCGACAGAUUUGGCCCCAUCAACAUCCCCUCAGACAAUUUGACAAAGAAGUUUCUGCAGAAAUACUCCGCAAGCUUGAAGAACGAGGAGCCAACUUAGAUCGCCUGCAGGAGAUGCAGGAAAAAGAUAUUGGAGCACUGAUUCGCUAUGCACCUGGAGGCAGGUUGGUUAAGCAAUAUUUAGGAUAUUUCCCAUGGAUACAGUUAUCAGCAACUGUAAGCCCGAUCACAAGGACUGUGCUGAAGGUGGAUUUGCUCAUAACUCCAGAAUUUAUAUGGAAAGAUCGUUUUCAUGGUGUUGCACAACGUUGGUGGAUUCUCAUUGAGGAUUCUGAGAAUGACCAUAUCUAUCACUCUGAUCUUUUUACUCUCACAAAGAGGAUGGUCAGAGGGGAGCCUCAAAAGCUCUCUUUCACCGUGCCUAUAUUUGAGCCACAUCCACCGCAAUAUUAUAUUCAUGCUGUCUCUGAUUCUUGGUUGCAUGCCGAAGCUUUCCACACAAUAUCUUUCCACAAUCUAGCACUACCAGAGGCUCGUAGUUCUCACACCGAACUUCUGGAUUUGAGACCUCUUUCUGUUACUGCACUUGACAAUAAAACAUACGAAGACUUGUACAGCUUUUCACAUUUUAAUCCUAUACAAACCCAGACCUUUCAUGUUCUGUAUCACACGGAUAACAAUGUUCUCCUAGGAGCUCCUACAGGAAGUGGAAAAACUAUUUCCGCUGAGCUUGCUAUGCUUCACCUUUUCAACACGCAGCCUGACAUGAAGGUUAUUUACAUAGCACCAUUGAAGGCUAUUGUUAGGGAAAGAAUGAAUGAUUGGAGAAAGCGUCUUGUCUCCGUGCUUGGAAAGAAGAUGGUUGAAAUGACUGGAGAUUAUACACCAGACAUGAUGGCCCUCUUGUCGGCAGAUAUUAUUAUAUCUACUCCUGAAAAGUGGGAUGGAAUUAGUCGUAGUUGGAAUACUCGAAGCUAUGUUAAAAAGGUUGGGCUAAUGAUUUUGGAUGAGAUUCAUUUACUGGGGGCUGAUCGUGGCCCCAUCCUUGAGGUUAUUGUUUCAAGGAUGAGAUAUAUAUCCUCACAAACAGAACGUUCAGUACGGUUCAUAGGUCUUUCAACAGCUUUGGCAAAUGCAGGAGACUUGGCUGAUUGGUUGGGCAUUGGGGAAAAUGGGUUAUUCAAUUUCAAGCCAAGUGUGAGACCUGUACCACUUGAAGUACAUAUUCAGGGAUAUCCGGGAAAGUACUAUUGCCCUAGGAUGAAUAGCAUGAACAAACCAGCGUAUGCUGCAAUUUGCACACAUUCACCUACAAAGCCAGUUCUCAUAUUUGUUUCAUCUCGCCGGCAGACAAGGCUUACUGCUCUGGACCUUAUUCAUUUUGAAGCCUCGGAUGAACAGCCAAUUCAGUUUCUUAGUAUGCCAGAAGAAGCGUUACAGAUGGUUCUUUCCCAGGUUACUGAUCAAAACCUGAGGCACACCUUACAGUUUGGCAUUGGGCUACAUCAUGCAGGACUUAAUGACAAAGAUAGAUCUCUUGUUGAAGAACUUUUUGCAAACAACAAGAUCCAGGUGUUGGUUUGUACUAGUACACUGGCGUGGGGUGUAAACCUUCCUGCACAUCUAGUUAUUAUUAAGGGAACUGAAUAUUAUGAUGGAAAAUCAAAGAGAUAUGUUGACUUUCCAAUCACAGAUAUAUUGCAAAUGAUGGGUCGUGCAGGCCGACCACAAUAUGAUCAACAUGGAAAAGCAGUCAUUCUUGUCCAUGAACCCAAAAAGAGCUUCUAUAAAAAGUUUUUGUAUGAACCAUUUCCAGUCGAGAGUAGUCUAAAAGAGCAGUUGCAUAAUCACAUCAAUGCAGAAAUAGUUUCUGGCACAAUUUGCCACAAAGAGGAUGCUGUGCAUUAUCUUACCUGGACGUAUUUAUUCCGUAGACUGAUGGUUAAUCCAGCAUAUUAUGGGGUAGAGAAUGCAGAGGCUGAAGUUAUAAAUUCUUAUAUAUCAAGAUUAGUGCAAGACACAUUUGAGGAUCUGGAAGAUAGUGGAUGCGUCAACGUGAAUGAAGAUAGUGUGCAGCCUACAAUGCUUGGGAUGAUAGCAUCGCAGUAUUACCUCAGCUACAUGACUGUGUCAAUGUAUGGGUCAAAUAUUGGUCCAGAUACUUCUCUUGAAAUGUUUCUGCAUAUCUUAUCAGCUGCUUCAGAGUAUGAUGAACUUCCUGUGCGUCAUAAUGAGGAAAAUUAUAAUGAAUCGUUGAGUCAGAGAGUUCGAUAUAUGGUGGACAAGAAUCGACUAGAUGAUCCACAUGUUAAAGCAAAUCUGCUAUUUCAGGCACAUUUCUCUCAAUUAGAAUUACCAAUCAGUGACUAUAUCACUGACUUGAAGUCUGUGUUGGACCAAAGUGUACGCAUCAUCCAGGCCAUGAUAGAUAUAUGUGCUAAUAGUGGAUGGCUAUCAAGUACAAUUAGUUCGAUGCAUCUCUUACAAAUGAUUAUGCAGGGUUUGUGGUUCGAUACAGAUUCAUCAUUGUGGAUGUUGCCUUGCAUGAAUGCUGACCUAUUUGAAUUGCUGAACAAACAAGGAAUCUCUUCAGUGCAGCAAUUACUCAAUCUUCCUAAGACAACAUUGCAAGCUUUGAUUGGAGAUUUCCCUGCUUCAAGAUUAUAUCAGGAUCUACAGCAAUUUCCCCGUGUUAGGAUGAAAUUGAAACUUCAGAGAAAACAUACUGAAGUUGGAGAAUCGAAGACACUAAACGUUAGAUUGGAGAAGACCAAUUAUAGGAAAAAUACGUCAAGGGCUUUUACCCCUCGAUAUCCUAAGCAAAAAGAUGAAGCCUGGUGGCUGGUUCUCUGUAACACCUCCACAUCUGAACUAUAUGCUCUCAAGAGAGUUUCAUUCUAUGAUCAUUUGGUUACCCGCAUGGACAUACCAUCUUCUCUGAUAAGUCUCCAGGGGUUGAAGUUGAUGAUGGUUUCUGAUUGUUAUAUUGGCUUUGACCAAGAACACUCCGUGGAGGAAUUCUCUGAAAGUGGACAACUGGAAUUGGAGAACUGAGCUGUAAGAUUUAUUUUUGGCCCUACACAUUAGUGGAUUUCAAAUCCAACUUUCUCUGGUCUCUUCAUUGAUUCUGCGUGGAAGAUUUGCUGAAAAUGUACAAGCCAAUUCGACUAACCAUCGAGUGUUGAGUUUCUGGUUUUCGGAUUCUUUACUCGUAUUCUUCUACGAAGAAGGUUGAGAGAAUUAACGCACUUCCUUCUAUUCAUUCCGAUAUACAUGAAUUCCAUUUCUUUCUAUCAAUAUUGAAAUAGAUUCGUCACUUUAUUUUUAUUUUUUUUUCAUAAAUAGAUGAUUGUUACUUAAUUAAGAAUUUAAUAUAAUGCAAUUAAAAUUUCACA